CACUCCGGUUUGUAGGAGCGGAGUGUGCUCGUCUCUCUCCCUGAGCAGGAGGAGGAAGCAGCAGCAAAAUCCAAGCUUUUCACAUUUCCAACAAUGCUUUCGACAGAACCUGCCUUCGACGGGAGCAGAAUGAUUAAAGGAAACGAAAUCUGUUCAUUGGGGUAAGUGUUAUCAGAUCUGAAGGAGGAGGAUUAAUCUGACUCUUCAUUGCUUCGACUAGUUCAUUCUCGUUGCCUUCUUGAAGGUUUGAAGACACCGAUGGAUACGAAUGAGAAUAACAAGUUUGAGCUGGAGAAGAACCAUGGCAAUCACUUGAGCAACCACAGUUCUGGCAUCUCUGAUCACUGGCAAUUCAACACCUCAACCUCCUCCAUGGCUGCCGGCCUUAUGAAUUUGGUGACCUCGUCUCCAUAUCCUUCAGCUUCGGAGAUGGAGCCCUUCACUCCUGGCCUCUGGAACCACCAUGCCGCUAAUUGUGUGCCGAUUGGAGAACCAGUUGCAGUGUCCUCCGGAGGGAUGCUGCCAUCGACUGUUCCUGGAAUUUCUUCCCCAAGACUGCCUCAUUUCCCCGCUGAAACGGCCUUAGUUGAACGGGCAGCAAGGUUUCCAUGUUUCAGUGGUGGUAAUUUUAGUGGCAUGAACCUCCUAUUUCGUCCAUCUGAAUCAAUGGUUCCGUAUACUAAUGCCAUGGAAGAUGUUACUGAGAUCCAGCUUGGGAAGACUGAAAUGAAUACAACUGUACAAAAUGGUGUCUUGCUCCCUGUUGACAAUGCAUCCGUCAACAGAGGUCUGAUCACUAAUCAAAUAGACUGCGAAUCCCGUGAAGCCAAUUUCACCAAAGGUGGUCAGGAAGGGAACACUGAUUCAUCUGAUGCAGCUAGGAAUUCAUCUCCUAAGAAGAGGAGGACCACUCAGAAGGAAGAGGUGAAAAGAGGCCCACAAUCAUCCUCAGAGACCACAAAGGAGACCACUGAAGGUAAACAAAAAGUAGACCAGAACAGCUCCGAGCACAGUGGAAAGAAUGGAAAAUAUAGCUCAGAAGCUGCAAAGGGGGAUUGUGUUCAUGUUAGAGCACGGCGUGGACAAGCAACUAAUAGUCACAGUCUUGCAGAAAGAGUAAGAAGGGAAAAGAUAAGUGAAAGGAUGAAGUAUCUUCAGGAAUUAGUGCCUGGUUGCAGCAAAGUCACAGGGAAAGCAGUUAUGCUGGAUGAGAUCAUAAACUAUGUUCAGUCACUCCAAAGUCAGGUUGAGUUCCUCUCCAUGAAGCUUGCUGCUGUCAAUCCACAACCCGAAUUCAGCACAGAAGGGCUUCUGGCUAAAAACCUUCUACAUUCUCAUGGUGGCUGCUCAUCUGCAACUGGAUUGCCGCAGGAGAUGAUUUAUCCUCAGGUAUCUCUAUAUCCAUCUCAGCAGGGUUUGAUGCAUUCUGCAAUCUCUGCCAUUAUUAACCCUUCAGAGGCACUUAGGAGAGACAUGAAUGCUCAAUUAUCAACAACCAGUGUUUAUAAAGAGUCUUCUCUGCAGAUACACAAUCCUUGGAACAAAGAGGUCGUCAUGCAAAUGACCUACGGUGCUAUUCCUCCAAAUGCACCAGAGAUGGAUACUAAACCUGAUGGCUUCACCAUCUAAAACAACUACUCUCACCAAGUUCCUGUGCUAACAUCCUAAAAUCUCAUUGUGCCUCCUUGGUUUGCGGCUAGAUCACUCAAAAGCACUCAUCGAUCAGAAGACCGGGAUAAGAGGUAGAAGAUCGUACAGAAGAUUCAGCAUUCCUCUUCUACAUGUUACAUGAUGUAGCGGGCCGUUAUGCUUUUGGAAGUAAUUAUAGAGAGACAGUGAAUGUUUCUCAACAUUAAGAGUUGGCUUUUCAUUUGUAAUGACAUAUAGGAUAAAAAGCUCAGCUGAUACAUGAAGAGAAAGCUCGGAUGUAAAAUGGGUUUAUUUUUUUUAUCAAAAUGGAACAUCAAUUUUGCAGUCA